AUGAAUGAACAUGGCGAUGUCAUUAUUAAGAUCCAGUUCCUUGAAAAAAUAUCACGUACUACUUUGGAGAACUUUUGGAAUGUCCAUGUUAUUCCGCUUCGUUUCAUUGAAGAGUUACCUUCUGUUGUGUUGUUUGAUAAUCUUAUUUUUACACAUAUUCAACUCAACGGUGUUAUACUCCUUGGGACUUGCUGUCAGGAUGGAUCUGCUUUAAUUUCAUUGGAGAUUUUAAGUAUUAUUUCCAAAGUCCUAAAUAUUUACCUUAAAGGCCUCUCCGAGGCCACAUUGCGCGAUAACUUUUCCUUAGUUUAUCAGCUUUUACAGGAGCUGUUGGAUUACGGAUACCCUUUCCUGACAGAAAUUUUUGCACUAGAGGAGCUCGUUCCAAGGCCAACAUUGGAAAAUAAGGUUCUUUCGAUUUUAGAAAACCCCAUCUUCGGCAAGGUCGUCGGCAAUACAACUGCUAACGCCAAUUCGAGGGUGUGGCGCUCUUUGCAGCCGUGCCGUCGACCCUGGCGUGGCCCUACCACAAAACAUACCGCAAAUGAAAUCCUUUUUGAUGUGAUUGAGCGAUUAGACUAUAUAAUAGACGCCGAGGGCCACCUAAUCAAGACCUCGGUGCGAGGAUCCAUUGAGGUCAACUGUCGCUUGAACGGUGUACCUGACAUCCAACUUCGCCUUGUUAACGCGGAUACCGUCGAUGAUGCCGGGUUUCACCGUUGUGUGCAGCACCUCAAACGUCGUGGAGACUACACCCUCAGUUUUGUGCCACCAGACGGCAAGUUCACCAUGAUGGAGUACACCUGUCGCCCACAGUCGGCGCCGGCGCUACCCGCACUGCCUUUCUAUGUUACCCCACAGGUUAGUUUUCAUUCCACUGGGGGUCGUUUCAGCUGUAUGGUUGGAUUGCGCGGUGGACGCGUACACGGUCGGGAUCAAGAGAAGGAAGUUCAAGACCUGAAAGUGGUGGUGAUACUACCGCCACGCACGACAGCGUUGACUGUGACAAACUGCACUAUGGGGAGCACAAGUUUUGAGCGUCCCCGUAGCGUGUUGACAUGGUCUGUGGGUAACGUUAGGCGACACUCCGCGUCACUCCAAGGUGAGUUUAACCUAGAACCUUUGCCGAUGUACCCUGAACAGGAGCAGUUGGAGUCUCUGAAAGAUGGCACAAGGAGAGAAAAUGAACCUAGGGAUCGUAUCCCAUCCGUAGGCGCAAACGUAUUAAUCAGUUUUCACAUUCCAAAUUAUUCUGUGAGUGGCUUGUGUGUGGAAUCCGUUCAUAUUCUUAACGAAAUUGGUAAACCUUAUAAAGGAGUCAAAUACAUGACAGAAGGGGGUAGUUUUUUGAUCCGUGGUUUUUAG